GCUACCAUUCAACAGUCUAUCCUUAUGGUUUAUACACCAGUAAAUCUCUAUUGGCGAGGGAUAGGAGAAGCACAGCUACCAUUCAACAGUCUAUCCUUAUGGUUUAUACACCAGUAAAUCUCUAUUGGCGAGGGAUAGGAGAAGCACAGCUACCAUUCAACAGUCUAUCCUUAUGGUUUAUACACCAGUAAAUCUCUAUUGGCGAGGGAUAGGAGAAGCACAGCUACCAUUCAACAGUCUAUCCUUAUGGUUUAUACACCAGUAAAUCUCUGCAUUGGCGAGUGACUUUAGGACUUCCGUGUCAUUACACAAACAGACGAUACCUCCUUCUAUUGAACCACCCAGCUACUUCCUGACGUCUACGAUUCAGACCGGAAAACCAAAUAUAACUCCGGGUUUUAACUCCUUUAAAAACAAAUAACCACCAUGGAAUCAACAUCUAACAACUACGAGCGGAACUGUGUUCUGUGUUGUCAGGAGCUCGACAUCUUCGCCCUGGGGAAAUGCGACCACCCGGUGUGUUACCGCUGCUCGACCAAAAUGAGGGUGCUGUGCGACCAGAAGUACUGCGCCGUGUGCCGGGAGCAGCUCGACAAGGUGCUGUUUGUGCAGAAGUUGGUGGCGUUCUCCUCUCAGCCCCUCCAGACGCUGCAGGUGGAAAGGAAACAUGACAUCUACUUUACAGACUCCAAGAUAUACGCUCAGUUCAGGACACUGCUGCAGUCUGACCUGUCCUGUGUGUCCAGAGUCUCUUCUCAUGUUAUACCUGUCUGCCUUACCUGUCUGUCUAAUAUGUAUGUAACCUGUUCCCACCAGAUCUUCUCCCAUGAGAGGAAGUGGUAUAACCGGAAGGAUCUGGCACGUCACCGUACCCAUGGUGACCCAGAUGACACGUCUCACCGCGGACACCCGCUCUGCAAGUUCUGUGAUGACCGUUACCUUGACAACGACGAGCUGCUGAAACACCUCCGUAGAGACCAUUACUUCUGUCACUUCUGUGAUGCUGACGGAGCCCAGGAGUACUACAGUGACUACCAGUACCUGAGCGAACACUUCCGGGAGGCCCACUACCUGUGUGAGGAGGGGCGCUGUGCUACGGAGCAGUUCACCCACGCCUUCAGGAGCCAGAUCGACUACAAAGCCCACAAGGCCUCAGCACACAGCAAGAACCGAGCCGAAGCACGACAGAACCGACACAUAGACCUGCAGUUCAGCUAUGCCCCUCGCCAGACCCGACGCAACGAUGGAGGCAUGGUGUCUGGAGAGGACUAUGAGGAGGCGAGGUCGGGUCGGGGGGGAAGAGGAAGGAGCCAAGGGAACCAACCGAACACCAGAGGUAGCUGGAGAUACAACCGUGAGGAGGAGGACAGGGAGUUGGCAGUAGCAGUCAGAGCCUCUUUGAUGCAGCAGAGGAGACAGGAGGACGGAGGACGAGACACCCAGGACAGGAGCGCAGCGCCCAAACACCGCAAAGAGGAGCGGAUGGAGAGGCCCGAGCGGAUGGAGAGGCCCGAGCGGAUGGAGAGGCCCGAGCGGAUGGAGAGGCCCGAGCGGAUGGAGACUGAGGAGAGACACAGGAGUAUUCCUGUCAAACCUCCAGCAGAAGCUCCCCCAGUGAGGACCAUGAAGAGUAACCCUCUAACAGGAGACGACUUCCCAGCUCUCCUGGGGGCUGCAGCACCCACACUGAGUGUAAAGCCCCCCCCAGCCCUGAAGACUCCAGCCCAGGUCCCUCUGAAGGAGGAUGACUUCCCCAGUCUAUCUGCUUCCAUGGUUAUGACCCCCAUGACCCCUGCCUACUCCGCCCAACCCAGGAAGCACUCCUCCUUCCAAGAAGAAGACUUCCCCGCCCUGGUCUCUAAGAUCCGCCCUCCCAGACCAGCGGGCGGAGCUACCUCAGCCUGGAGCCAAGCCAGCAGCAGCAGCAACACCUCCAAGACGGUCAUCCUUCCCUCCUCUUCCUCUAGACCUCCCCCUAACAACCCUCCUCUCCCCCUCCCCGCUGGCCCCCAGCUCCUCUCCUCCUCCUCUCGGAGGAAAAAGCACCCCGUCCGCCGCCCCUCCCCCCCAUCUGAUGAUGACAAUUGCGUUGCCAAGACGAUGCAGGAGCACCGAGCAGUUCCAACCAUGUUGGAUAUCUCCUCUCUUCUCAUCGUCAAAGGACCCUCUAAAUCUGCCCCUACUGCCUCUAAGCCCCUCCAAUUGACAGCUAAGCCCCUCCCACCAACCUCUAAGCCCUCCCCCGUGACAUCUAACCCCACUCCUAUUCCCGCCCCAAGCCCCCCAUCCAAGACAGCCAAGAAGAAGAAACAGGCCACGCCCCCUCCAUCAUCAUUUGGGAACCAAGUUCCUGUUCUCAUGGAAACGGUCUCCAGGGUACAGAAGGAGAACGUUCCGGAGAGCCACGCCUCCAAGCCACUGGUUGCUAUGACGACGGCAGCAGUUAAAACAGCUGUAAAAGCAAAGGUCAAAGCAAGUGGAUUGGCUAACGGCCACCUGGAUAAACCAGUCACAGUGGCCCCCCUCCCUAAAGCCCAGCCGGAACCCCCCCUGGAGGUAGAGGAGGAGUUCCCUGCCCUCAUCUCCAAGAAACCCCCCCCAGGCUUUAAAAGUUCCUUCGUCCUGAAGAGUUCUGACCAGACCCCUUUCCAGAAACCUGUCCCCCUCCCCCCACCUUUACAGACCUGUCAUCACCUUUACAGGCCAGGGCAGCACCACCCCUCCCAUGUUCUAAAUGACUCCAUAUGGGGGGUGUUCAGCUCUCCCCAGUCCCCGGGGGUGUACCUGGCUCCAGAGAACUUCCAGCAGAGGAACAUGGAACUGAUCCAGUCCAUUAAGAACCUCCUGCAGAACGACCAGUCACGAUUCAACCAGUUCAAGGACUACUCUGGACAGUUUAGACAGGGUCUGAUGUCAGCCGUGCUCUACCACCAGAGCUGUAGGACUCUGUUAGGGGACAACUUUGGCGGCGUCUUCAAUGAGCUGCUGGUGCUACUUCCUGACACGAGGAAACAGCAGGAGCUGCUGACGGCCCACGCAGACAACCGGGCCAUGGAAAGACAGGGAGGGGGCGGGACCAGGAAGAACAGGAAGAGUGCCUGGCAGACCCCCUCCAGCGCCAUCUCUAAUGCAGCCGCGCUGGACUGCCAGGUAUGCCCCACCUGCUGCCAGGUGCUGGACCCUAAAGACUUCAACUCCCAUAAGACCUUGCACCUGGGGGACAACGAGGACUUCCCCUCCCUGCAGGACAUCAGCCGCAUCAUCAGCUAGCCCUGGCCUGGGACAGACAUGCACACUGCCCAAUCUCAGCCCUGCCUGUUGCCAUUCAGGGGGAGCCUGUUUCCAUGGUGACCAUGGCCAGAGAGGACGUUGGGUAGUGUAUUUGAUGGCAAGGCUGGGGCCAGCAGGAGGUUGAACUGAAUUCUGGUUGCCAGAUGUUGACCUGAUUCCCGGUGUGAUUCCGGCUGGACCUGGACCCAGCCUGGCGACCCGAACCUGGAGGGCCCUACAAGUACCACAUGUUGUGUAUUAAUAAGAAGAAUGGUUCUAUAUAUUUGAUUUUUCUCCCCUCUCUCUUCUGAUCACAUUUUCAUGAUGUUGAUAAAGUGUUGAAGGAG